AUGGCGCUGAUGGGUAAACAAAAAUUGGAGGAUGGGCGCCAAGGAGGCGAUCGUCCGCUGCUGUCAUUACUGACGUUGUUGCUCGUGCUCCUUCCGCUGCACUCCUACUACGCCCUCUACCCCCUGGAAAUUGAAAGCGAUGUGCGGAGGGGCUUCGCGCAGAGGGACGGCCGCUCGGCAAAAGAAUUCCGGGCGUUCGCCGAGUUCUACAAGUUGCCCUUCGAGGGGCUCGAGAUUUGGGUGGUGCUGGCCUCGCCGAAGAAAUCGCUGGGAAAGGAGACGAUCCCCGUCGGGCAGCCUCUUCUCGAUGAGAUUCUCCGCCUCGACGCGUUCGUCCAAAAUUUCACGGCGCCCUUCCGCAGCGGCGUAACGACUUUCCACGAUACAUCCAGUGGCGAAGAUCUCAACGCCCUGCUACGAUAUUUGGCUCAAAUCUACCCGUUGACCGCUAUCAUGCCCGACGUCCAAAUCCAGCACCCGGUCACCAAGGUCUUCGGUCACAACCUCCAAACGUCUUCCCACUUUUUCAUGGUCAACCGCGGUCUGCCGGAGAACUCUACCUUACAAACCGCGCAGCACGUCGCGCUGUGGUACAUGAAUAAGGCCGAGAAUUACGAGGAGACGAAGAGAUUGGAAGCCAUCGAGCUCGGCCUGUUCCAAUAUUUCCUGAAGGACGACUUUAGCGACCUGUUCAGUGUGGAAAUGUUUGGUGAUCAGGUGGCCAACGCCGAAAUGUUGCGCGGGACGAUCGUUUCGGUGGGGCUUUUCAUGCUCGGCGGCGCGCUGAUGGUCCUUUUUAUGCUUUUCAUGUUUCGACAUCUCACCUGGAGCAGCCGGAUCUGGAUGACGGUGGGCGCAAUGCUGUCUCCGCUCCUCGCCACGCUUUCCACCUUUUCUCUCCUCGGCUGGCUGGGCGUUCGCACAAAUUCUAUAAUGUGUAUUACGCCAUUUUUAGUUUUAGGCAUUGGCGUUGACGAUGCUUUCCUGCUGCUCCACCAAUGGCGCCGCGUGCGGGCCGAGGGUGUUUUAAGAAAGGAUGACGCUCUGAAGCGCGUUUUUCUUCACGUCGGCCCGAGUAUGGCCGUCACGUCAUUGACCAACACGCUGGCCUUCGGCAUCGGCAUUAUGAAUCCGGCGCCCCAAAUGAGCUCCUUUUGCCUGGGCACCGCCCUGGCCGUGCUGCUCGACUUCAUCUACGAGUUUGCCGUCUUCGCCCCGAUCAUGGUGAUGUGCUACGAGGAACGUCCCGGCGGCAAUGAAAAGCAGGAGCCGUCAAAGUGGCUGCCCAGCUGGGAGGGCCUCGUCAAUUUGCUGUUCACCACAUCGGGCAAGUGUGCGGUGAUUGCGAUGGCUGUGCUGAUGUAUUUGAUCGCCGGUCAUGGCCUUCGCGGCAUGCAUCCAACGUUUGAGCCCGCCAAAACGUUCCCCGGCGACUCGGAGCUGGUCCAUGCGCUUCGAUCUUUCGAGUAUUUGCAAACAGAGUAUUGGCCGGUCAAUUUUGUCACGAAACGCGUGCCAGGGACCUGGGAAGAAGUGGCGGAGUGGGAGAAGAUGGUCUCCAGCCUGGAAAAUCGAGAUCACUGCUACGGACGGAGCCGGACCACCAACUUUUUGCGCCAAUUUUACGAGGGUAGCUUUACUACUUGGGAAUUGACAUUU